CGUUCUGGAGCUUCCCGGACAGCGAGGAUGACAUCCGCCUGUACUCGUGCCUGGCCAAUGGAUCUGCUGAUGAGUUCCAGAGAGGGGAGCAUCUGUUUAGAGACAGAGCUGUCAAAGAUGUCCUGCAAAUUGGGUUCCACCUAUCAGCGACAGUCACGCUCACGAUGCAGCGAGCCCAAUACAACGUGGCGGUCACGUUCGACCGGCAGCGCGUGUCGUCGUGCAACUGCACGUGCUCGUCCAGCGCGCACUGGUGCUCGCACAUCGUUGCCGUGUGCCUCUAUAGGAUACACCUGCCAACACAAGUAUGCCUGCGCGCGCCGGUCUCCGAGUCCCUACAACGGCUUCGAAGAGACCAACUACAGAAAUUCGCUCAAUACCUCAUCUCGGAGUUACCCCGCCAAGUCUUACCCACGGCUCAGCGUAUACUGGACGAGCUACUGUCGGCCCAGCCUAACCCAAUUAACACGACCUGUGGAGCGCCCGAUCCUACCGCUGGGGCGUCGGCGUAUGAAUAUACCUCGUGGUUCCUCGAUGAUAAGACGCUGCAUAAUAACAUCAACAAGAUACUGGUGAAGUUUUGCGUGCCUGCUCCUAUUGUGUUCAGCGACGUAAACUACCUAAGCACAAGCGCGCCCCCGGCCGCUGCAGAAUGGUCGUCCCUCCUGCGCCCGCUCCGAGGCAGAGAGCCCGAGGGCAUGUGGAACCUGCUGUCCAUCAUCAGGGAGAUGUUCAAGAGGAACGACCGCAACGCCAUACCGCUGCUGGAGAUCAUUACUGAGGAAGUCAUGGCUUGUGAACAGAUAAUAGUAUGGUGGUACAGCACCAAGUCUGCCCUCGUAGCGUGGGGCGGCGGCGGCGGCGGCAAGCACGCCGGCGGGAACUGCGCCGCGCAGCACGCCUGCUCCUCGCUGUGUGACGAGGUGGUGGUCCUCUGGCGCCUAGCGGCCCUGAACCCGGGUCUGGCGCCGCACGAGCGAGACACCCUGCACGAGCAACUCGGCGCGUGGCACAUGAAGGUGCUGGACAAGGUGGCCAAGAGCCGCGCGCACCCGCCGCACCCGCCCGCCCGCCAUCACUCCAACAGAUCCCACUCCCACGGCCCGUACAUCAACGGCAUCAGUGAGAACGAAGUGUUCCCCGGCUUCCACCCGGCCAUGGAGGCUUGUUUCCUAGAGUGGGACGACUACCAGAUCCCCGGAGUCACCUACACCAAGGAGCUCAACCCGCUGUACCACAGUCCGUUCACUAUCUUCAGGCACGGGGACAAACAGAAUGAAAGCGUUCAUCAGGUGAACUCUUCGAAGGCGGUCCUCAACAGCUCUCUCUCAGUGACGUACCUCAUGUCGGGGGCCACGCCGCCCGUGCGCACGCACCGCCGCGGCAUCGACCUCAUGUUGGCCCGCGGACAGUUACCACCUAUACACCAUCCAUGCACAUCAGGAGCCAACGACCCGGCUCCUCAGAACGAUGGCAACCACUCGAGCGUGUCUUCGGAAGGAUUCUGUGAAAAUGAAGAGGAGAUUCUACAACAGAGCGGCGGAGAGACUGACUCGCAGGAGUCAAGUUCGCCGGCGGGCUCGUCGUCGGACGGGCAGCGGCGCGUGUCCAACGACGACUCGGUGUCCGACGAGGAGUGUCCGCUGUACUUCUACGACGCCACGUCCCGCCCCGAGCCCGGCACUAGCGGCGGCGGGACUGCUAUUACACACCUGGAGCCAGAACCCGCACCUGAGCCAUCCACAAGUGAAAGCUGCAGCUAUGCUCCUCCGCCAGCCCCCUCAAUAACCUCCAACUGGGAGUGCACAUGGGAGGUCUCCUUCGCGCGUGCAGAAGGGCUACACGCUCACGGGCACGCGCGUGAAGCGUGCGCUCUGGGCGUGCGACUUGCACGCGAGUUGCUAGUGCGGCCCCCGGCACUGGGGGGCAGUGAUAACUCGGUGGAACUGAAGAGAGGAAGAAGACGGCAUUGCCCGCCUCCUAGAGUGUCUGCUGCCAGCCAUAGACUGUCGUGUCUGGCUAGUGCCACGCUGGCGAAAUGCGCCUUUUUGUGUACCGUGCUAGCAGAGUUCAACGAACACCACGAGCUAGCGUUCCGCGUCGGCCUCUCAGCACUUGAAAUGGCUCGACCUCCCGCCAGCACCAAGGCUCUAGAGGUGAAGCUGAACAACCAGGAGACGGAGCUGGUGGCGUUGCUGAAGAAACUGCCGACGGGGGUGGAACAACUUACGCUGGCCCGGGAGAAGGCCGAGCAACUGAGGGAUGGCACGUUGAGGAAUCGUGGUCCAGCGCUGUUACCGAUAGCCCUGGCGAGUUUCCUGUUCGACGUACUAGUGCUGUCCGCUACGGACAAAGAUGCCAAACAUGUGCCAAGAAUACCUACAGACGAGCUGCUAGGCUUCGAAGCGGCCGUUGCCGCUCUGGGCCUCAAGGCGAACGUGUCUGAAGCGGAACACCCGUUACUAUGUGAGGGCACGAGGCGGCAACGUGGCGAAUUAGCGCUGACGCUACUAGCUUUCUACAAGGAUGACCCGGUCAAACUGGCACGGAUUAUGAACAAGUUGCUAGACCGCGAGAUCCACGCCCUAACGAAAGGCCCGAUGGUGUCCAUGUUGUAUAGCAACAACCCGCGCGCGCUGUACCGCGCCGAGCCUGCGCCGCCCGUCGUCUCACCACCCGCGAUGUCGUCCAUGUCCGGCGGCAGCGGGCAGCUGUCGCGCUCGCUGUCGGGCGACAUGGAGCGCCUCUCCGUGAGCGAGGGCGCCCCGCACGCGCCGCCCCACAACACGCACCAGACGCAGCGCAACAACGACUCCAGAUACAAAGGCAAGCGUCUCUACCCGUCAGUGCCGAACCAGCCUUCAGAAGCGUCCGCCCACUUCAUGUUCGAGCUGGCCAAGUCCGUGCUGUUCAAGGCGGGCGGCUCUUCUAGUACGAGUCUGUUCACGCAGACGUCGUGUGCUAGAGAGCAUCAUGGGCCACACAGGGGUCUCCACAUGGCGGCCUUCCAGCUCGGGCUAUACGCGUUGGGGCUCCACAACUGUGUGAGCGCCAACUGGCUGAGUCGGACCUACUCGUCGCACGUUAGUUGGAUCACUGGUCAAGCAAUGGACAUCGGUGCGCCGGCGAUCCUAUUCCUGAUAGACGCGUGGGAGGGACACCUCACACCACCAGAAGCGGCCAGUAUAGCAGACAAAGCAUCUUCGGGCCGAGACAUCCACACAGUGCGAGCGGCCGCCGAACUAGCCCUCUCAGUCUUACCACACGCACACGCACUCAACUACAACGAGAUACAACGAGCCGUGUUGCAGUGCAAGGAGCAGAGCGACGCCAUGCUGGAGCGAGCCUGCCUCACCGUCGAGGCCGCCGCUAAAGGCGGCGGCGUCUACCCCGAAGUCCUCUACACCGUAGCCCGCUACUGGCACGAACUCUACCUACGUCAGGCCAGCGAGGACAUCGACCCCGAGGAGCCCCCGUACCGCGCGCCCGUGCCCGUGCCGGUGCCGUACCAGCUGUACCCGUUCCCGUACCCGUACCCGCCGCCUAUAUACCAGCUGCAGUACGCGCCGCCGGCGGGCCCCCCGCACCCCGCGCCCCCCUACGCGCUGCCGCAGUACUUCGUGCCGGGGCUGCUGCACGGCCCGCGGCCCGCGCUGCCGCCGCACCAGCACGCGCUGCCGCUCAAUCUCCCCCAACCGCCGGCGCCGCUCCCUCCCCCCCUCCCCUUACCUCAAGGGGCGCCCCCGGCCCCGCCCGCGCCGCCGCCGCCGCCGCUGCCCCAGGCGCAGUUGAGAAGACUAUUGGCGGCGUAUAGAGUGGGAAUGUUGGCGUUAGAGACCCAAGCGAGACGGGUGCACGAUGACCGGCCGCAGAAUAAGUUUGGCAGAAACCCACCCUACGGCGAGCACGUAAAAUGGCUGCUUCGCAUCUCAAAGCGCCUCGGAGCACAAUACCUCCACCAGUUCUGCGUCUGCGCAGUCAACAGCGUGGUCUCUCCAUUCGUGCUAUACGAGCUGUGCGUGGAGAGCGCCCAUUGGCUGGCGAGGGGCGCGCACCAGCUGUUGAUGCAGCAUCUGAGGGGGACCCUCGCGCCAUUGGUGCACAAGUGUCAGCAGAUGUACAUCCAGUGCAUCCACCAGAAGCUGUACCACCUGACUCCGGUCGAGUACGAGGAGUUUGUCAGCAUCGUGCUAUCCGCGCGAACCGCCUUCCAGCUCACUCCCGAGGGCAACACGCAGUUCAAGGAGUGGCUGGCCUCACUGCGAAGAUCAAAAUCCUGCAAGAAAGACCUGUGGACCCAACUGAACGCGGCUCUCCAGACGAACGGCAAAUGACGUCGGCAACCGAUAGUUUGUAUGGUGCGGUGCGCACGCAAACUGUCAUUACAACGACGCUGGCCGCGGUACCGGCUCUACUACCACUUGCAGACGCUGUAGGCGAGCGUCUACUCUGUGUAGCGUAGCCACUGUAACGCAGAAUUAGGUUAAGGGGGCGAUUCUGUAA